ACUAUUUCACAAGUUCAAGACACUGUGUUUAUAACAUGUAUACACGUAACGUCUAUUUACAUAUGAAUGGUUCGAAUGUUAGCGUAAGAAAUUACGUUGGGUUCUAGAACACGGUUUCGAAUUCGUCGAACAGUGGAACGUUUGUUCAAAUGUAGAACUCCAUUGAGGAAAAAUGGCGCAGGGCCGGACCGACCGGAAUGGGGGACAACGACCGACCCCAUCCAUAUCCACUCCGGCCCAUCCAACUGACCGUCCGGAGGAGAAGAGAAAACUACUGCGGACUUACAUUUACCCUAUGACAAAUGCAUCCCGGGUAUGGGAGGCUAUUGUUGCGAUAACAUGUGUUGCAACGGCUUGCAUCAACACAUUCAAAAGUAGCGUUCCGACUUCCAGAGCGCACAGAGCUGUGGAUACUCUUGUAUAUCUUCGACGCCUUGUACCUCACGGACAUCGUACUACAAUUUUUCUACGUAUAUCUUGACUACGGCGUUCCAGUGACCGAUCUUAAGCUCAUAAGACGGCGGUACCUUAGACGAACGUUUGCCGUCGAUCUUCUUUCCCUCUUACCGAUAGAGCUGAUUGCCUUCGCAGUUCCAGGACAGUCCUUUUGGAAGACGAUGGCAAUGUUUCAACUAAAUCGUCUUCUGAGAACUUACAGAAUCCAGACUUUCUUUGACAUGUUGGAAAUGGAGCUCGGGUUGAACACGGUGUACAUUCGCACCUUAAAAUACACGGCGGUAUCCUGGCUAUGUCUGCACGUUAUGGCAUGCGGAUGGUUCGCACUGGGAUGUACAGGCAAACACUGGGGCAUACAUGAAGACUGUGGAGGGUGGACUGCGUCGACUGGAACGAAUUUCCUUUUUCCGAACAACAACACCGGCUAUGAAUAUGUGAUGUCCGUCUAUUGGGCCACGGCAACGUCCACCUCUACAGGAUACGGUGACGUUCACGCCCAAACGUUGAGUGAAAAGGCGUAUUCUAUCGUAGCCAUGCUGGCUGGUGUAGCGGUGUUUUUCGGCAUGAUUCUCGGCGGUAUGACUUCAAUGCUGACAAAUAUGGACUCCCAGCGCGCCGGGUUCACACAUCGCCUCGAUACCAUCAAGCAAUAUUUGAUCGAAGAGGACAUCCCCGAAAACGCACAGCAACAGAUUAUGAACUACUACAACUAUUUCUGGAUCCGGAAGAGGGGUGUGCAGAGCGAGGGCAUCUUCGACAUUCUUCCCUUCACAUUCCGCGCCGAGAUCGCCUUCCAGACUAACAAGGGCAUCUUAGAAAAGACGCAGUUCUUCUCCCAUCACAAUGUGGGCUUCAUGCGCAUGCUCACUCUGGGUCUGAAGCCAACCCUAUGCCUGCCCAAUCAAGUGAUCGCUGUCCGAGGAGAUUCAGCAAGCCAGAUGUGCUUCGUACAUAGAGGGGAAAUCGAGGUGAUUUCUGAGGACGAUACGCCCAUUGCCUCCUUCAGACAUGGAAAGAUAUUCGGAGAGCUCAGCUUGAUAUUCAACGUGCCACGCACAGUCACCAUUCGCGCCGCCACUCACUGUGACCUGAUGGUGCUGGAGAAAAAGGACCUGCACACCAUCCUCAAUCACUAUCCUGAGGUGAUGAAACGCCUUCACGAGAUGGCUCAACAGCGCUUCAACUCACCGAACUCACCGCUCGCUGGGCUCGUGGACGUGGGAUCGAGCCAGGACGGCAUGUUUGGACAUCUGACCACAGGACCUACCGAUGACGCCGAUGGAGCGGAACCAGAAAGCAGUCCAGGGUCAAACCGCCGGGCCUCUUCUGUCAGACGAUUUGAUCGGAGGAAGCAGUCUGUGGAUCCGAUGACCGGCCACCGAGAUUCGAUCAUGGUCAGUAGUGACGCGGGAAGGCCCUACCUUGGCUCCUCAGCGGGGAUGGACAUUGAGGACAGCAUAGGGGAAUCGACAGGGUCUGCAAGUCUGUCAAGUCAUUUGAGCACGCACUCACGCAGCAUGUCACGGGCUGGGCACAGGAAGUCCAUCAUGAUCAGUGGAUCAGUGGAGCUUCUCAACGCAAACCUCGAGCCGCCAGUAGAGGAGGGAGCUUCUUGCGCCUGGUGCAGAUUGAAGUGGCUCGACGUGGUUGACUGGGUGUCGUCUCACGUGCUGGACCCAACCUCCAUAUUCUGCCGCUGUUGGGAUAUCUUCAUCAACAUCCUGAUCUUUGCAGUCUGCCUAAUCCACAGUUACUUCGCUGCCUUCUAUGUCACCAGGAAGGGCGCCAAUGUCGGCUGGGCCGUGGGCAGUUCAGGUUUCAUCGCCUCCUACCUGAUGGACGUCCCGCUACUGAUGGAUUUGGUAAUCAGGCUGAGAACUGGCGUCUUCACACCAAAUGGAGUCCUAAAAGAUUGGGGAUCCAUCAGGACGCAUUACGUCCGAAGCUGGUGCUUUGUACUUGACUUGUGCAGCAUCCUGCCACUCGAACUCUUCGCCUUGGCAUCACAUCAUCGUGGUACAGUCCGACUCGGACUAGUCGCAUGCCUCAAACUAAACAGGCUGAUCAAAUGCUAUAAGAUCCCGAAGUUCUUCACGAAAGUAGAGGAAUCGCUGCACAUGAACAUCCUACUUGCACGAUCCCUGAAGUUGUUUGCAUACAUCAUCCUGUUCACCCACUGGUGCUCCUGCCUGCUGUAUGCUCAGUCCUGUCCAGGAUUUAAUACAGACAAGGAGGAAUGGUGUGUGGAAGGCAGUUGGGUGGACAACCAAGGCCUCUCACUCAAGGAGGUUUCCAUGCAUCAUUACUGGAUCAGCUUCUACUUCGCUACAUCGACCAUGACCAGCACAGGUUACGGAGACAUCGUGCCGUCCACCACCACCGGCCGGGUGCUGUCCAUGGUAGUGAUGAUUGUCGGGCUGCUGCUGUGCGGCUACUGCGUCAGCACGCUCGCGGCUACACUGGCCAACAUGGAUGCGGCCAGGGUUGAAUACCAGGGAAGGCUAACAGCAGCGAGACAAUUUAUGAAGGACCAUGGGAUAUGUCCAAACUUACGGCGCCGAGUGGUGAACUACAUGGUACUGAUGUGGCGAAAGCUCAGGGGCGAGGCUGUAGCAGGGUCUAUGGGUCUCAUGCACGACAUGCCGUUAGCGUUACAACAGGACGUCGCUUUCGAAGAGGCAAAAGCAGUUUUGGAGCAGGUCCCGCUGUUUCAACAGACAGAUCCUUACUUUCUACGAGAGUUGGCAGUUCGCUCACGCGCUGUGCUGUACGCACCCGGGGACGUGAUUGUGUAUUCUGGAGACAUCACCCGUGACCUACACAUGAUUCGGAAGGGCUACUGUGAGAUACUGACGGAUGACCUGGCCGAAACGAUCUCUCUCAUGGGCCCUGGUCAGUACUUCGGGCAACUGCCGCUGCUCUUUGGGGAUCAACAACCGGAUACGAUCAGAUCCAAGACAUAUGUCGAAAUGAUCAUCUUGACCAGAGAUGACUUGGACGAUGUGCUAUCGAAGUAUCCACUCGUUGAAAAGCAAUUUGACGAUCUGACAAAAAUUGACGACUUCCAUGAGGAACUGCGGCGGAGUAAGCCAGGGAACAAAGAAGGCCCAUCAAAGGCACGAAUCAGGGCCUACAGCCAAAUAGCGGCGAUGGCUGACGGUAAGCAGCUGGAUUCGCUCUUCCUCCCCAAUCUCAACCGCAAAAGGUCCGCGCGCGUAUUCAAGGUUUACCCAGAAGAGGCGGGGGAGAACAAAGAGUACUUGGAGCCAUUCCGCCAGGAGAGCAAAGCAGUUCGCAUCCUGUCCAAGGUGCUGAUGAGGCGUACCUUCAUGACGUCUGGGACGUGGUUCCGGAUAUGGAUAGCCUUGCGACAGGUGAUGUCAGCCGCCUCUACCUUCACCUACACCUUGCAAGCAGCCUUUAUGCGCGAAUCUUGGCCUUUAUUCGGCUUCAACAUCGGUCUGGACGUUUGCAACUUCGUGGACAUAUACAUCAAGUUGCAUGCAGCCUUCUACAAUGACAUUCAGGUGAUGGUCACGCAUCCUCUCGAGACUGCCAGACAUUACAUCAAGACUAACUUUUUGAUGGACAUCAUCGCCAGCUUUCCCAUUGAACUACUCGCCAUUCCUUUCAUCACUGACGUACGUAUGCGGUUUUCAGAUACUCCACGUAGCAUUUCAAUUAUCAGAUUUUCAUAAGACAUUUUUCAGUUU